ACUCUUUUUCUAUCUCUGACUCUUUUCUGUGGCGCGAAGAAAAAAUUGGAGGACUCCAUCGGCACACCUUCGCUCGACUCCACCAUUAACAGGCGAUUUUGGUUUUUGGUAAAUUUUUUGCACUGUAGAAGAAAUUUUCUGACCAAGUUUUGUUUUCAGAGUGUUUGAUGAAAUGUCUGAUUGAGGAGAGUAUUCCUCUGAUUAUAGAAACCAAUGGAUCCUUCUGGGCAAGCGAGCCGAGCUCGGCCGAAAAUCUGAGCUCCAGCUCGAGCUCCCUUAUUCGAACAGCUCGAGCUCGGCGACCUCCAAAAAUAGGCUCGAGCUAGCAAGCUGGAGCUCGCGAACUAGUGGAAGCCGUCCUAUAGCCUUCCAAAUUCCCUUAUUCGCACGCCCCCACCCCCAUCCUCACUCCGGCUCCGUUGAACCAAAGCCCAUAUAUACAUACACCUCUCUGUCUAUACAAUGCCGAUCGGUCUUUCUUCAAUCCCUCAACGGCCCGCUUUGAUUUUUUUUAUCGGUUUGAAGCAAUUAAGCCAAAGGGCCUUCAAGAAAUAGAGGACCCUUGAUUGAAUUCCGAAUCCUAGCAUUUUAGAUUAAUAGUUUCUUAGAGUUUAUUGGUUGAGUUAUCCAUACCAUGGCAGCUGUGCAGAAGCUUUACAACACGUGUAAAGCAUCGCUUACGCCUAAUGGACCCAUUUCGGAAGAAGGUCUAGAAAAAGUUCGCAAUCUUUUAGACCCACUUCUCCUCUCUGAUCUCCUCAAAGCAUGCGUUGAACACCGGUCCCCCUCAUUGGCCCAACAGCUCCAUUCCAUCAUCAUUACAAGGGAUUGGUUAAAAUUGAAGUUUGUAUCCAACCACCUGGUUAACACUUAUGCUAAAUUGGGCCAUGUGGAGGCCGCUCUGAAGGUGUUCGAUAAAAUGCCAGAAAGAAAUGUCAUGUCCUAUAACAUCUUAAUUGGAGGAUACAUACAGAAUGGCGAAUUGGGUGCUGCAAUCGAGGUUUUUAAGGAAAUGGGUCGGAGGAAUUCAGCCACAUGGAAUGCGGUCAUCAUGGGACUGAUCAAGUCUGAAUUUAAUGAGGAGGCAUUGAGAUUGUUCACUAAAAUGCAUGUGAAUGGGUUUUUACCUGAUGCGUACACACUGGGGAGUGUGUUGAGAGGAUGUGCAGGAUUGAGGGAUUUGAUUAAGGGAAAACAGGUUCAUGGUUAUGCCAUAAGAUCAGGUUUGGAGAUGGAUUUGGUUGUUGGCAGUUCCAUGGCACAUAUGUAUAUGAGGUGUGGUAUUUUGCGCGAGGGUCAGAGAGUGAUUCAGUCUAUGCCAGUUCAUAAUGUUGUUGCUUGUAACACACUUAUUGCUGGGCUAGUGCAGAACGGGUGCGCCAUGGGUGCGUUGGAUCAGUACUACAUAAUGAAAAUUGCUGGUUUCCAGCCUGAUAAAAUCACUUUUGUAAGCGUUAUCAGUUCGUGUUCUGAGCUAUCAACUCUUGGGCAAGGCCAGCAGAUUCAUGCUGAGGUGAUAAAAGCUGGGGCAAUGUCAGUUGCUGCAGUUAUUAGUUCACUAAUUAGUAUGUAUUCACGAUGUGGCUGCUUAGAUGAUGCUGUGAGAGUCUUUGGGGAGAGAGGAAGAGCUGAGGAUGAUCUUGUUUUAUGGAGUUCUAUGAUUGCCGCGUAUGGUUUUCAUGGAAAAGGAGAGGAAGCAAUUGAGUUAUUUAACAGGAUGAAGUGUGACGGACUAGAAGCCAAUGAAGUCACUUUCUUAAGCUUACUCUACUCUUGCAGCCACUGUGGAUUGAAAGAUAAGGGGCUUGAAUUUUUUGAUAUGAUGGUAAAAAAGUAUGGCUUUGAACCUCAUGUCAAACACUGUACCUGCGUGGUUGAUCUCCUUGGAAGAGCAGGCUGUCUGCACGAAGCAGAAGCCUUUAUCAGAUCCAUGCCUGUCGAGCCCGAUGCCAUUACAUGGAAAACUUUGCUAUCGGCUUGUAAAAUUCAUAAAAAUGCAGACAUGGCUAAAAGAAUAGUUGAGGAGAUUUUAAAAAUCGAUCCUCAGGAUUCGGCUUCUUAUGUGCUCCUCUCAAAUACCCAAGCCUGUGCUGAAAGAUGGCAGGACGUUUCAGAUGUUAGAAGAAAAAUGAGGGAGAGGAUGGUCAAGAAAGAACCCGGGAUAAGCUGGUUUGAAUUAAAAAAUCAAGUUUACCAUUUCGUAAUGGGUGAUAAAUCUCAUCCAAAUUCGGAAGACAUUGACUCAUACUUGCAAGAGCUGAUGGCUGAACUGAAGUCACUUGGAUAUGCACCUGAUAUAGGUGCCGUUCUGCAUGAUAUGGAUGUAGAGGAAAAGGAAUACAACUUGGUACACCACAGUGAAAAAUUGGCUGUUGCCUUUGCUCUGAUGAACACACCAGAUGGUGUUCCAAUUAGGAUAAUGAAGAAUUUGCGUGUCUGUGACGAUUGUCAUGUUGCUAUGAAGUAUAUAUCUGUGGUUAAAAAUCGAGAAAUCAUCGUACGAGAUUCUAGUAGGUUUCAUCAUUUCAAAAAUGGAUAUUGUUCUUGUGGGGAUUAUUGGUGAGGUCAUUAACUACUGGAGUUACUCAAGCAGUUGCCUCUAGUACUUGCCGUGUGUCCUGAUUAAAUCCUCUGUUCCUUCUCUUGUAACAUUACGCUAUAGCUAAAUUCUAUCACACAUGAUUGCGUGAAUUGAACUGGUAAGCAAUGCAGAUUGAUCACAUGGUAUUUAUCUGAAAGAGACGCAGAGCUCAUGGCAAGGGUAGGACAUACGCAUGUAAAAGUUUGAAGAUUAAUUCUCAAGGAGCUGAAGCCGUACCCUUCCCUCAGGGGUGGAGGUUGGGAAUGCUGUUUAUGAAUAAGAAAGUAGUAGAUCUCUACAGCUAGCGGAUUGGGUCGGGUCCAAAUGAGUCGAGUUCAAAAUGGGUUGCGUCUGGUUAGUAUAAAUUAUUUUAUUAAUUUGAAUUUAAAGAUUUCAAAAUUUUCCACAAGUUGAAAGAAAAAAAGACAAUGUUUUAAAAUUAUUGAAAAAGAUAAUUACUACUUGUGAUGUAAUACGACUAAAUUUGUAUCACAUCAUUUCUGUCUAAUGAUCAUAUACAUAAAAUUUCAUUUGUUAAAUCAUAAAGUAAUAAAAUCUACUAAAUAUCUAACAAAAUGCUACAUUUUUUAAAAUAAUUCAUAACAUUUUCAAUCCUUAUUUUAAAGGAGCACCUAGUCGUACAACCAAAUCUCUAUAUUUGUUGAGAAACAAUUUUCUUCAUCAUCAUCAACCAAAUUCUCUAUGUUGUGUGUGUACGUGGAGAAGAAGGUUGUAUGUGAUAAAGAGAUGUGAGAUGGUGUGUAAAUGAGAAAAGAGUUUGUGAGCGUGUUUGUGUGUGUGAGAGAGAGAGAGAAAGAGGGAUGUGUGUAAGAUAGAGAUGUGAGAGUGUGUUAUGCGUGUUCAAUAAUUGGGUUAAUUGAAUCAAACCAAA